AUGCUUGCCACAGUUGCCCUAGCACUUGCCGCCACUCUCCUCACAGGCGCAGCCCUGGGCGAGAGGCCCAAGGACCCUGAGCUCAGUCGCAAUCUGAGAUCCGCACUCACGCAGGUCGACUUCUGGAACGAGCUCUCGGACGCCGACUGGGUCUUCGACUUCUCCAAAGUCAUGGCCGACCCCUAUCACCCAGGCUCAGUCCUCAACGCGAACGCCGCAACUUUCCCCAUCAUCACCGGCAGUGGCAUGACCGUGGCACAGCUGAAUCUGGGACCUUGCGCCAUGCUCGCCCCCCAUUCGCAUCCACGGGCAACGAACCUCGUGGUAUCUGUCUCCGGCAGCACCAAGACCUUCAUGCGUGCCGAGAAUGGAGCGGACGACCGGGUGACGACGCUGACGCCGGGGAAAAUGACCGUGUUCCCGCAGGGAUCUAUGCAUGCGAUGGUAAAUCAAGGCUGCUCGGACAACUUAUUAUACUCAUUCCUCAACCACGAGGACUCGGGCACGUUGAACUUUGCGCAGUCACUCUGGGCCACGGGCGAGGACAUGAUGGGUCGGAUUAUGCCCAUGUGCAAGGACGAGAAAAAUGACUGGAACGAGACGGGAAGAGCGAUACCGGACUGGGGCACGGGGAGUCAAGAUGGCCUGGCGGCGUGCAGGCUUGCGUGCGGCAUGUUUGGAAAGGGUGGGCGCUGA